CAUUUUUUAUAACGAAUAUGUGAUAUAAUAAUGGAAAUGACCGACCGUAGUACAAAAGUAUGAUACGUUCUGCCAAUUUGUAAAGGAACAGAAAAAGAAAAUUCGCACCGCUGUUUUCUUAUAAUUAUGGGACACAGAGACAGUGGUGUGCCUUGUUGCCGAAUCAAAGCAUCGAGAGCAAUGAGUAAAAUGGAGCGGAUCGGUGAAAAGAACAGAUGAAUAGGACGGACUGGUUAGUCUCCGCUAGGACCCUCCCCUCCGCCUCCAACAAUCCCGAGCCCAGACGAUCUGCUUUGUGUCAUCCGAUCAACAACAAAGAGCCCAAUAAAAUGCAAAAGAUGACGCAAAAGUUUAACCACGAUCUCAGCGGGACUAUAGGAAAUCCUCUGCCCUUGCCCUCUUCUUCCCUCUUGAUUCUUCCACAGGAGGACUGAUAUCAAUGACCACCUUGGGACAGUAAUAUUUCGCUGUGUG